AUGGCUGCCUCCCACUUCGAAGCGAAAGUCAAGAGCGUCCUCUCUGGCGACACCAUUAUUCUUCACAACAUCAGCAACCCAAGACAAGAACGCAUCCUCAGCCUAGCCUUCGUCACCGCACCACGAUUGAAGCGCGAGGGCGACGAGCAAUUUGCCUUCGAGUCACGCGACUAUCUCCGCCGUCUUCUUGUUGGCAAGGUCGUACGCUUCCAGGUUCUCUACAAGAUUCCCACUGGUGCCAACCGCGAAUACGGUAUCGUUGCUCUGCCGGACCGCACAGUACUCCCCGAACAAGCUGUUGCCGAGGGCUGGUUGAAGCUGCGGGAUGACGCCGGUCGCAAGGGCGACUCCGAUGAGGAUGCACAGAUCUUGGAGAAGCUGCAGGUCCUUGAGGCGCGAGCUAGGGCAGAGUCGAAGGGUCUCUGGGCCGAGACUGGUGGUAGAAUCACGUCGUCGAAUGAGCUCAGCAACCCCCAGCAGUUCGUUGAGGAGAACAAGGGCAAGGAGCUCGAUGCUAUCGUCGAAAAGGUCCUGUCUGGUGACCGCCUUAUCGUUCGCUUCAUCCUCUCGCCCACCGAGCACGUCCAGACUAUGAUCCUCCUCGCCGGUAUCCGAGCACCAUCGACGCAGCGGACGAACCCCUCGACCCAAGAAGUACAGGCUGCCGAGCCUUUCGGUGAUGAUGCGCAGCUUUUCGUCGAGACCAGGCUGCUUCAGCGUAAUACGGCCGUCAACGUCCUCGGACUGACACCGAACGGACAGAUCGUAGCCGACGUCAAGCACCCUACUCAGGGUAGCAUCACACCUCACGUUCUCAAGGCCGGUCUGGCCAAGUGCACCGACCACCACACCACGCUUCUUGGAGCGCAGAUGGCUUCGCUGAGGCAGGCCGAGAAGUUCGCGAGGGACAGGGGGCAGGGUGUUUACCAGGGUCACGUCGCGCCCAAGGCCAACGCUCCUGGAGAGCUCGAGGCAGUUGUUAGCAGAGUACAGAGCGCAGACACCCUCUUCCUGCGAAACAAGGCUGGUGCUGAGAAGCGCAUCAACCUCAGCAGUGUUCGUCAGCCCAAGCCUUCCGACCCCAAGCAGUCACCCUGGGUAGCAGAGGCCAAGGAAUUCCUGCGCAAGAAGUUGAUUGGCAAACACGUCAAGUUUCAUAUCGAUGGAAAGCGCCCGGCAACCGAGGGUUACGAUGAGCGCGAAAUGGCUACAGUCAGCUUCCAGGGCAAGAAUAUCGGUCUCCUCCUCGUUGAGAACGGUAUGGCUACGGUUAUUCGCCACCGCCAGGACGACACCGACAGGAGCCCUAUCUACGACGACCUUUUGCUUGCUGAGGCUACCGCGCAGGAGGAGCAGAGGGGCCUCUGGUGUCCCAAGGCACCUUCCGCUAAGCAAUACGUCGACUACUCCGAAUCGCUCGAGAAGGCCAAGCGUCAGCUCACUCUGCUCUCGAGGCAGCGCAGAGUCCCUGCCGUUGUUGACUUCGUCAAGUCUGCUUCCCGUUUCACCGUCCUGAUCCCCCGCGAGAACGCCAAGAUCACACUCGUCCUCUCCGGUAUCCGCGCACCUCGAUCCGCCAGGAACGACCAAGAUAAGGGCGAGCCUUUCGGCAAGGAGGCACACGAGUUCGCCAGCAAGCGCUGCCAGCAGCGAGACGUCGAGAUCGAUGUCGAGGACUGUGAUAAGGUUGGUGGCUUUAUUGGCACCCUCUACAUCAACCGCGAGAACUUUGCGAAGACUCUUGUUGAGGAGGGUCUUGCAUCUGUACACGCAUACUCGGCCGAAAAGUCCGGUAACGCAAACGAGCUUUUCGCCGCUGAACAGAAGGCCAAGGAUGCACGAAAGAACCUUUGGGAAAACUACGACCCAUCGCAAGAUGACGAGUACGACGACACCACCGCAGCUACGACCCAGACAUCGAACGGAGAGGCACCAGCGGCCUCGAGACAGAAGGACUACCGCGAUGUCAUGGUCACCCACGUUGCCGAUGAUGGUAGGCUGAAGCUCCAGCAGAUCGGCUCCGGUACAUCAGCACUCACGUCGUUGAUGAGCGCUUUCAGCAAGUUCCACCUGAACCCCGCAAACAACAAGGGUCUUGAUGGCCCUCCCAAGGCCGGCGAAUUUGUCUCAGCUAAGUUCACCGAGGACGACACAUGGUACCGUGCCCGUGUCCGCCGCAACGACCGCGAUGCCAAGAAGGCUGAGGUCGUCUAUAUUGACUACGGAAACUCUGAGAUUAUUCCCUGGACUCGCCUGCGUCCUCUCAGCGCUGAGUUCUCUAACACCAAGCUGAAACCCCAGGCUGUCGACGCGCAACUUGCUUUCAUUCAGCUUCCUGGAAACCCCGAGUACCUCAACGACGCCGUCCAGUUCAUCUCCCAGGAGACCGCUGGUCGCUCGCUGGUUGCCAACGUUGACCAGGUUGACAAGGACGGCCUUCUGUGGGUCACUCUGUUCGACCCCAAGGAGAGCAAGUCUGGUGACGAGAGCGUCAACGCCGAUGUCAUCGAGGAAGGUCUUGCUAUGGUUCCCAAGAAGCUCAAGGCUUGGGAGAGGAGUGCCUCGGACAUUCUCGGUGCUCUGAAGCAGAAGCAGGACGUCGCUAAGGUGGAGAGGAGAGGUCAGUGGGAGUACGGUGAUUUGACCGAGGAUGACUAG